AUGACAUAUGGCUUAAUCAGUGGCGUUGGUGUUAAGUACUACGAGACGGGCAGCUUUAAGGCGGGCGUGAUCGGCGGCUCCAAGCCGAAGGUAGCGACGGCCCCCGUCGUGGACUCGAUAGCCAACUACAAGAGAGAGAAUCCGACCAUGUUCGCCUGGGAGAUCCGGGACAGACUGCUCGCCGAGGGCAUCUGCUCGCAAGACAACGUGCCCUCCGUGUCGUCCAUCAACAGGUAA